UAGGAAUGACACAGCAGUAUUUUAUCACACGGGGAACGGAAGGGUUAAAGAAAUACUCAUACCCUGGCUGCGAAACUGUUGAGAGUGUUUUUGACACCAAAAAAAGAUGUUCCGUGGUAUGUAUGUCCAAGAAUGGACAGUACAUCGCAGUCUGUAACGGUUCUGAAACUAUAGUCUUCGAUGUUGAGGAGAACCGGAUGAUCACGUCGCUUUCCCGCUCCCGAACCAUGUUGAUGAAGUUCUCACCUAAGAAUACUCAUCUAGUAACCUGGAAACAGUACCAGGUGUCCGAAGACUGCCCUGAAAAUACUCCCAAUGUUGAAAUUUGGAAACUGGAUGCCGAACCACAGCAAGACAAGCCCGCUUAUGGUUAUGUUAAGCGUGGACAAACCCACUGGACCCCACUCUGGAGUGAUGACGAGUUCACUUGUGCUAGAGCUUGUAACGCUGAGGUGCAACUCUUUGAAAACAACGACUUUUCUACAGUCGCUAAAAGGAUACAGAGGGAGAAAGUAGGCGGAGUGUUUGUAGCCCCCGGUGAUGAUCCUUACCACAUUGCUCUAUACGUACCCUCAAUAAAGGGCGCUCACGCUUUCGUGCAGCUCUAUUUGUAUGGAACUUUCGAGAAAACAGCUGCAGUCGCUCACAGAAGUUUCAUGAAGGUCGAUAACUGCGACAUUAAGUUUAAUAAGUCAGGGAAAUGUGCCAUUAUCAUAGCCUCAAAUGAUGUCGAUAAAACCGGUUCAAGUUAUUACGGACAGACAUUGCUGUACUUUAUAAGUAUCCGAGGAGAGAGUAACCAGAUAGUACUGAAGAAGAACGGUCCAGUUUACUCUGUCGAGUGGAAUCCUCAACGAGAUGAGUUCAUCGUUCUCUACGGGUUCAUGCCAUGCAAAGGAACACUGUUUAACGUGAAGUGUGAUCCAAUACACGAGUUCGGGGAGAACCACUACAACGAGAUCCUAUUCAACCCUCAGGGCAACAUGGUCGGGCUCUGUGGGUUCGGGAACCUUCGAGGCAAGAUGAAGUUCUAUGACACGGAGAACAAUAAGUUGUUAUCAGACUUUGUGGCAGCGGAUGCUACUUUCUUUGAGUGGGCCCCCUGUGGAGAUGUCUUUAUCACAGGUACCCUGUCACCCCGACUGAGACAAGACAACGAGUUUAAGCUGUGGGAUGUGUCCGGUAAGAUACUCCACCACUAUCAGGUCCCAACAGAUGAGACCCAGCUGUGGCAGCUGAUGUGGAUCAACCCUGCUACGCUACUCCCUCCCCCUGUUGUCCCUAGACCUGCCACCUCUAAGGAGAUUGCUGCUGGAAAACCCCAGGCGUACAGACCACCUGGUUCCCGACAAGGUCCAGCUGCAGCUACCCGCUCACUCCUCCCCAACGUUCAAGGUGGAGUCUACAAACCCGGCAGUGAUGCCCAACGAAACCAGCCCUCUAGACAAGCCCAGAAAAAUCAGAGAAAACGAGAAAAUAGGGCCAAGCAAAUUGAGGAUGAGAAAGUUCCAGAGCCUACGAUGCAAGAUUUGCAGUCUACCAUAGUUGAUGAGAGGGAGAAGAAGGUCAGGAAUCUUAAGAAGAAAUUGCACCAGAUCGAAAAAUUGAAGGGCCAGGUGGCCCAGGGCAAGACUUUGGAGAAAAAUCAGAUGGAUAAGAUUGCCUCUGAGAAUGAUCUUAUCGAAGAGAUAAAACGAUUAGAGUUAUAAUUUAUUUGAAUCUGAAUUUGAGAAGGGUUUUUAUUUAUUUCUGUAGCUCAUUCUGUUAAAUAUUUUUAUUAACUAAUGUUUGCUAAAUUUUAAAUUAAA